CAAAUGUCAAGACAAGAUACCCAAGCAGGAUAAGAUAUUAUUAUCUGUGGAUAAGAUUUUAAUGUCAUGUCCAAGUUAGAAGCAAGUUACAGCUAAGUUUUAAGAAAGUUUAAGCCGUACAUACUUGAGCCAAUAUAUAUUAAUAUCUGUGAAUGGCAAAGCCGACUGAACCGGUUUCCGUUUCAUGAUACAUUCAUUAUUGUGCCAUAUUUUGUAACCCACAGAGUAAUUUGUACUUUCGCUCCGGCUCGGCAACAAAAUUUUUACACAAACAAAUCUUUACCAUGGCGCCUCCCAAACUUUACCACGAGCCCAGAAGUGGCCCAUCACGAGGAGCCCUGUUAGCUGCCAGAGCUAUUGGUGUUCCAAUAGAAGUUGAAAAAGUGGAUUUGAUGAAAAAGGAGCAAUUAAAAGAAAGUUUCUUGAAGAUUAACCCUCAGCAUUGUGUGCCUACAUUGGAUGAUGAUGGCUUUAUUCUUUGGGAGAGCAGGGCUAUUGCUUGCUACCUAGCUGAUAAGUUUGCUAAGGAUGACCAAUGGUACCCCAAGGAUUUGCAACGUCGGGCCCUUGUUAACCAAAGGCUGUACUUUGAUGGUUCAAAUUUGUAUGUGAAGAUCAGAGCUAUAUGUCACCCCAUCCUUUUCCUGGGUGAGACAGAAAUUAAACCAUUCCUUAGAGACGACCUGAACAACACCUUGAAAUUCCUUGAUGGGUUCCUCAGCAGUACUAAAUGGGUCGCCGGAGAUAAUGCAACCAUUGCCGACACAUCUAUCUGCUCCUCUGUGUCUAACCUUUUUGCUAUUGGUUGGGAUUUAACCAAUUACCCUAACAUCCAGAGAUGGUAUAAGAACUGUGCUUCAUUACCAGGUUUUGAUGAAAACCAAGAAGGUGCUAAGCAAUUUGGAGAUGCAGUAAAGAAGAACUUAAAGCAGUGAUUUGUGCAAACACAGAGCUACUUAAAAUUUUUUGGUGAAGGGUUUUUUUUAAUUCAUAUAUUUUCACAAUAUUUACAAUUGUUAACUGAAAAAUAUAAAUAUUUCUUUA